CGAGUUCUGAGCUCCUUCUUGCUUGUUCGGAGGUGAGAUGGUGAGGGGAAAGACUCAAAUGAGGCGCAUAGAGAACGCCACAAGCAGGCAAGUGACUUUCUCUAAGCGUCGAAAUGGGCUGCUAAAGAAGGCUUUCGAGCUCUCGGUUCUCUGUGAUGUUGAGGUUGCUCUCAUAAUCUUCUCUGUCAGAGGCAAGCCCUAUGAAUAUGCAAGCUCUAGCAUGCAGGAGACAAUCGAACGUUACAGGAAACAUACGAAGGAUAAUCGAGUCAAGCCAACUGAAGAAAACAUGGAGCAUCUGAAGAUUGAAGCAGAAAACAUGCUGAAGAAAAUAGAGCUUCUUGAAGCUUCAAAACGGAAGCUACUGGGAGAGAGUUUGGGUUCAUGCACACUUGAAGAACUACAACAGUUAGAAAAGCAGCUGCAAAAGAGCCUGACCUGCGUCAGAGCCAGAAAGACCAAAGUUUUCAAGGAUAAGAUCCAGCAAUUGAAAGAAAAGGAGAAAGCCCUAGCUGCUGAAAAUGCAAAGCUUUGUGAAAAGUGCGGUAUAACGCCAUGGGAAGGAUCAAAGGAGCGGAGAGAAAAUGAAGUAGCAAGCGAUGAAUGCAGUCCGAGCUUGGACGUGGAGACUGAAUUGUUCAUCGGACUCCCAGAAUGGAGGACUAAACGCAUCCUGCAACCCAACUGAUAGAUGGGGUUUUGCCAACUUAUAAUAAUUCCCAUGCUUAUGCUGCUAUGCAUGGCAUCAAGUUCA